GCUGACCCUCGUCCCCUCCUCUCCCCGCCCCCGGCGGCGGCGGCGGCUGCUGUUGUCACCCACCGGGCCGCCUGUCCCGCUUGCCCUCCCCGCCGCGGGGCUUGCCGGGCCGGCCGGGCCGGGACAGGCGGCCGUCUCCUCACCGCCGCCACCGCCGCCAUGCUGGCCGCUCGCCCACCCCACUGGGGGCCCCACCGCGCCCCAGCCCCCCGUGGGCCCCGCGCCAGCCCUGACCCGGGUCUCAGCGGCGGUGGCAGCCGAGGUGCAGGAUGCGAGAAGGCGCCCCCCGGCCGGGCUCCCGCUCCAGGCCUCACUCCCUUGCGGCCCUCUGAGCCCACCAUGGCCAUCCCACCGGGCCAUGGUCCCUUCUCUGGCUUCCCGGGGCCCCAGGAGCACACGCAGGUAUUGCCUGAUGUGCGGCUGCUGCCGCGGAGGCUGCCCCUGGCCUUCCGGGACGCGACCUCGGCCCCGCUGCGCAAGCUCUCCGUGGACCUCAUCAAGACCUACAAGCACAUCAAUGAGGUAUACUAUGCGAAGAAGAAGCGGCGGGCCCAGCAGGCACCACCUCAGGACUCGAGCACCAAGAAGGAGAAGAAGGUCCUGAACCACGGUUAUGACGACGACAACCAUGACUACAUCGUGCGCAGUGGCGAGCGCUGGCUGGAGCGCUAUGAGAUUGACUCCCUCAUUGGCAAAGGCUCCUUCGGCCAGGUGGUGAAAGCCUAUGAUCAUCAGACCCAGGAGCUGGUGGCCAUCAAAAUCAUCAAGAACAAAAAGGCCUUUCUGAACCAGGCCCAGAUCGAGCUGCGGCUGCUGGAGCUGAUGAACCAACACGACACGGAGAUGAAGUAUUACAUCGUGCACCUGAAGCGGCACUUCAUGUUCCGGAACCACCUGUGCCUGGUGUUCGAGCUGCUCUCCUACAACCUGUACGACCUCCUGCGCAACACGCACUUCCGCGGCGUCUCGCUGAACCUGACGCGGAAGCUGGCGCAGCAGCUCUGCACGGCGUUGCUCUUCCUGGCCACGCCCGAGCUCAGCAUCAUCCACUGCGACCUCAAGCCCGAGAACAUCCUGCUCUGCAACCCCAAACGCAGCGCCAUCAAGAUCGUGGACUUCGGCAGCUCCUGCCAGCUGGGCCAGCGGAUCUACCAGUACAUCCAGAGCCGCUUCUACCGGUCGCCCGAGGUGCUCCUGGGCACGCCCUACGACCUGGCCAUUGACAUGUGGUCCCUGGGCUGCAUCCUGGUGGAGAUGCACACUGGAGAGCCCCUCUUCAGCGGCUCCAAUGAGGUGGACCAGAUGAACCGGAUCGUGGAGGUGCUGGGCAUCCCCCCAGCCCCCAUGUUGGACCAGGCACCCAAGGCUCGCAAGUACUUUGAGCGGCUGCCUGGGGGUGGCUGGACUCUACGCAGGACAAAGGAACUCAGGAAGGAUUACCAGGGCCCUGGGACACGGCGGCUGCAGGAGGUGCUGGGCGUGCAGACGGGCGGGCCCGGGGGCCGGCGGGCGGGGGAGCCGGGCCACAGCCCCGCCGACUACCUCCGCUUCCAGGACCUGGUGCUACGCAUGCUGGAGUAUGAGCCCGCCGCCCGCAUCAGCCCGCUGGGGGCUCUGCAGCACGGCUUCUUCCGCCGCACGGCUGAUGAGGCCACCAACACGGGCCCGGCAGGCAGCAGUGCCUCCACCUCGCCCGCGCCCCUCGACACCUGCCCCUCCUCCAGCACCGCCAGCUCCAUCUCCAGCUCUGGAGGCUCCAGCGGCUCCUCCAGUGACAACCGGACCUACCGCUACAGUAACCGAUAUUGUGGGGUCCCUGGGCCCCCCAUCACUGACUGUGAGAUGAACAGCCCCCAGGUCCCACCCUCCCAGCCGCUGCGCCCCUGGGCAGGAGGUGAUGUGCCCCACAAGACACAUCAGGCCCCUGCCUCCGUCUCGUCACUGCCAGGGGCCGGGGCCCAGUUACCCCCCCAACCCCAAUGCCUUGGCCGUCCCCCGUCACCAACCUCACCACCACCCCCGGAGCUGAUGGAUGUGAGCCUGGGGGGCGGCCCUCCGGACUGCUCCCCGCCUCACCCAGCGCCUGCCCCCCAGCACCCGGCUGCCUCAGCCCUCCGGACUCGGAUGACAGGAGGUCGUCCACCCCUCCCACCCCCUGAUGACCCUGCCACUCUGGGGCCUCGCUUGGGCCUCCGUGGUGUACCCCAGAGCACAGCAGCCAGCUCAUGACCCUGCCCCCUCCCUGGGGCCCCUCCUGAAGCCAUACCCCCCCCCCAUCUGGGGGCCCUGGGCUCCCAUCCUCAUCUCUCCCCUUGACUGGAAUUGCUGCUACCCAGCUGGGGUGGGUGAGGCCUGCACUGAUUGGGGCCUGGGGCAGGGGGUCAAGGAGAGGGGUUUAGGCCUACCCUCCCCACUAAGGACUGGACCCUUGGCCCCCUUCCCCCCUUGUUUUCUAUUUAUUGUACCAAAGACAGUGGUGGUCCAGUGGGGAGGAGAGCCUCCUCACCCCAGGGCCCUAGGAGGGGGUGGGGACAAGUAGGGGGAGAUGGCCUUGCUCCUCCUUGCUGUACCCCCCAGUAAAGAGCUUUCUCACAUGCCCGCCUGAGCGUUUGCAGGGCCUCGGCUCCCCUCACCUGGCCCUCAGAGGCAUGGUGAGGAACAGUGUUUGGGGAGGGGGUGCUGGAAGAGCUUUGUUGUAUGGGAUGCAUCCCUGGGGAAGUUAUGGCUGUUGGUGCAGACAUGGGGCUGCAGGAGGUCUGGGGGCUAUGGAGUCCUAGACAGAGAUCCUGGGUAGGACCCUAGUCCACAUUUGCCUUUUCCAGGGUAAACUGAGGCCCUGAAAGGGUAAAGGCCCAGCUCUGGCCUGUCUCUGGGAAACAUCGGGUUCUGCCGUAGUAAGCCAGGGCCUGCACAGAGUCUGCCCACGAGUGGACCAGUAGGCCAGGCAGACAUCCAGAAGGUGCUGAUUGCAUGUCGCAGGCCUUACUGGUGCCAUCUGGGGAGUGGCAGGUGGGCCAUUACAGACUUUACCCCCCACACGUCUGGUCUCACCCUUUGGAACCCUUACGGAGCAAAGCGUUUUGAGAUGCUUAGGCAAAAAGAUAAUCCCGAGGUUCCAGGUAAGUGGGCCUGUUUCCAUGGCAUUUGGAAACUUCUGUCUCUCAACCGGCCAAUCAAGAGCCGCCUGAUUCAAAGGGUACCGCCUCCUAACACUGGGGCGCAGCGCUUCUUGGGAAAUGGAGUUCUGCGCCUCAGUCCGGUUUCUCUCUCUUCGUUGGCGAACUACAAAGACCAGAAUUCUUUUCGGUCACGUGUUAGGGGCGGGUUCUCAGCCAAUCAGCAGUCAGAGGCUGCCCGGGGCCCGGAUGCUCGAGGCCGUCUGUAGAGGAGGAGAAGGCCGUGAUUGGGUGGUUUUGGCUAGACUGCUCAAGUGUCGGGUUCCUUGGGGCGUGGGGAGGUGGGUCGCCGGGCGCUGUCGGGGGAUCGUGAGGGUUAGGCGUUCGUAGGUACGGGGCAGAAGGUAGGCGCUGAGGCCUGAAGCGGCCGCGUUAAGCGAGGCAUCGCUAGCCGCUCUGGCCCGGCUCGCGGGAGUCGCCAGUCGAGAGGAGACACAGGCAAGGGCCCUGUUACAGACCUGCACAUGUGCGCUAACGGAGGCGUCGUGGGACGCGGAGGGAACCGGGACGGGGCCCGGGUAGGGAGACUCCCGGAGGGGAGCUGUCUGAGCGGAGACCUGGAGACCGAGGGUUGUGUGGGGUGGCGGUGGUGCGGCGGCAUGGCCUGCGCGAAGGCAGCGAUGCGAGACAGCCUGGUGGGUGAAUGUGGACUUCAGGUGAUCUAGUGUUGGUGAAGAUCUUAUUGCAAGUUCUGUAUGAAUUAGAGCGUGGGAGGUUUUGUUGGCCAUUUAGGGGGCUUGGACUUUGUCCUGAUGGUGAUGAAGAGCCAUGGGAGGAUUUCUAGAGGGAAGGGGCCUGGCCCAGUGGGCUGCCGUCUGGGAAUAGAUUGACUGGAAACAGACUAGGUCUGGAAGCGCGGGGUGGCGGCUGUGGCAGGAUGCUGGGUAAGAGAUGUCGGUGAUGGACCAGGGCAGAGGUCUUAGUUGGGAGAGGAGGAAGAGUGUGGGUGGGAAAGACGCCCAGAAGGCUGAGCUGACAGGCUGUGUGAGACGAGGAGGCGGAGGGGGGCGGGGAGGAAUAUUUCCAGCACGUAGAACAGUGCCUGGCAUAUUGUAGAUGCUUAAUUUAAGAAUAUUUUUGAAUGAACAGUCCUAGGAGGCAGGUACUAUUAUGAUCAUCCUUUUGCAACUCAGGAUACUGCGAGUAGAGAAAGUUAAGUAACUUGCCCAAGAUCACACAGCUAGGAAGUGGAGGGCUCAAGAUUUGUGUGUGUGUGUGAACCAUUGACUUAGCAAGGUGCAAGAUGUCCUCAAGACAUCAGCAGGAGCCACAUCAUGUAGGUUUUGUAAGAAAUUUGGGAUAAGCAUGGAAAUGUAUAUCCUCAAUUUCUGUUUCCAGCCCAGAAUCUCUCUCCUGACCUGCUGGCUGACUGCCUAUGUGAUAUCUGGUCUUGGAUAUCCAGAGAUGUCUUGAGAGUAAUUUUGGCCAAACUGAACUCCUAGUCUUUUCCCCAAAACUUGUUUCUCCCAUAUUCUUCUUAGUAAAUGCCACUUCCAUCAUUGUAGUUGCUCAGACCACAAGCUUUGGGGUUGUCCUUGACUUCCCUUUGUCUUAUUUCUGUAUCUGGUCCACUAGCAAAUACCUUCAUCCAUUUCCUCCCACCUCAUUCCUGCCACCCUGGUCCUGUCCAUCCUCUUCUCAGGCCUAGACCAUUAUGGCAGCCUCCUUGAUGAUCUCCCUGUUCCGCACAGUCCUUUCAUCACAUGCAGUCAGAGGGACGCUGUGACCUGCAUCAGGUCACAUCUCUGCCCUGCUCAGUACCCUCCUGUGGCUCCAUCUCCCAGAGAGUAAAUGCCAGAGUCUUCUCCAUGGCCUGCAAGGCCUUGCAUGAUCUGUCCCUCUUAUCUCUCUGACAUCAUCUACUCCUCUCUUCUUGUUCACUCUGCUCCAGCCACACUGGCCUCAGGGCCUUUGCACUUGCUGUUCUCUUUACCUGAAACACUCUUCUCCCAGAUAGUUAAGGCUCACUUUCACGUCUUCAGGUCUUCUCUCAGAUGUCACCUUCACUUUGAGAUCUUCCCUGAGCAUCUUUCUAGAAUUGUACCACUAACAUUCAUAUGUUAGCUUCCCUUUAACUUUUUUCUUAGCAUUAAUCAUAUCACUACUUAACAUGCUAUAUAAUUUAUUUAUCUUAUUGUCUGUCUUCCCCCGCCCCCAGCAGACCAUAGACUUCAUGAGGGCAGGGGCUUUUGUCUACUUCCUGGGCUUUUGUCUACUUCCUGCUUUAUCUCCAACACCUAGAAGGCUCAAUAACUAUUUAUUGGAUGGAUGGAUGGAUGGAUGGAUGGAUGAUCUCAGAGCACAGAUCCUGAUCCCAGCAUCCUAGGGACUCUAUUGAUCCCCUUUCCACAGAACUUGAAGGGGCUGCCUUCAAGUUUUCUGAGGUCUCAGACAUUCAACAAGUGUUUCCUGUCGCCUCUGCUUUGUGCUCAGAACUGGGAACACAACAGAGAACAAAAUAGUUUCCCUGUCCCCAAAGAGCUCUCAGUCUCAGGGUUGGGGGUUCACAUCAUCGCUCAUCAUCCAAACAUGAAAUUACAAAGAGAGAGGGAGAGCACUGGAAGAGCACUUGACAGGGAGUCCAAUCUGGACCCCGGGAAGUGAGGUUUGAGGUAUGAAGGAGGAGGCUUUAACUCCAUUAAGAGGUAAGAGGGUGUGUGGGGGGGGGAGGUUGGAACCUAGAGGCUGGGGGGAGCAAGAGGCCGCACCACGUAGAUCCUGAAGGAGUCUGAGUGCUUACCCAUGUGGAGCGGGAAGUUGUGGGAAGUUGUGAGCAGCAGCAGGAGGCAUUUUCAGUUAUGUAUGUUGAAAGACCCCUCUGGCCGUUGUGUGGGGAAUUGACUAUAGCAGAUUAAGGAUUGAAGUAGAGACCAGUGACAAGGCCAUUAUCAUGAGACUAAAAUAGCUGCUGCUAAAGAAGGCGACACAUCCUUUGCUGUUUCUCCCAUCAGUAGGUGGCUUCCCUUCCUCGCCUUUCGUCUGGGCUGGCCUGUGAUUUGUUUUAACCAAUGGAAUGCAUUGGGAGAGAUGCUGUGCCGGCUAGGGGGCUGGGGGGCCUGGGCCCUAGAGGCCUGGCAGCUUCUGCUUUCACUCUCUUGGAGCCCUGGGCUGCCGUGUAAACAAGUCCAGCUACCUAGCUGGAGAGAGAUGUGGAAAGAGAGCGGCCCAGCCAGCCCCCAGCUGUCCCACUGUUGUAGCUGAGGUGCCAGACACGAGUGAUGCCAUCUUGGGUAUUCCGGCCCAGUUCCCAGCUGACAUCAUGUGGAGGAGAGCCGAGCUGUCCUGAGUCACCUCACCCUCUGAGCCUUUCCCAAAUUACAGAAUAGUGAGCAAAUAAAUGGUUGCUGUUUUAAGCCACCGUGUUUUGGGAUAAUUUGUUACCCAGCAAUAGCUAACUGAAACAAGCUAAUAGUUUUUGAGAUCUUACCAUUUUAUGUAUUAGCUCACUUAAUUCUCGCAGUCAUCCUAUGUGGUAAUGCUAUUAUUGCCAUUUCAGAUGAGGAAACAAGGGUGCAGAGAAGUUAAUGAGGUACUAGCUAGAUAACCUAGCCCAUAGUCAGUGCUGAAUAUGUGAUAGCUGCUAUUAUCAGCGUCAUGUUCAUCAGCAGUACAAUGUCCAUAAUUGUUACAGAAGUGGUAGCAGGAUGAAUAAAAGCAUUAUUAACCCACCUACAAGUGGUAUGUUUUAGAUAAGUGACUUCACCUCUCCGAGGCUCAAUUUCUUCACUGUAGAAUGGAGACUAUAAUAUUCAUCUCACAGGGUUAUCAUGAGGAGACAGGGUCUGAGAGACAGCAAACACUAAUAUAUGGCAGGGAGGAUAAUUACUAUGAAUGAUAAUUAGCAUGGAGGAUAAUUACCAUGAAGCAUACAUCCAGGUCGUGUGGACAGCGAUGUUAGGGCUGCAAGGAGGAAGCCGUUUUCUUGGAAGGCCUAGUGGAGAGGCAGAGACAUCAGGUCCUUGGUAAUGAUGGAGAAGUGCUGGCUCAGGCCUCACCUGAAGUGGGCUGACUUCUGGCCUUUGUCGUUAGGGAAUCCAGUAAGUCUUUCUUUAGCGUGUAAGCCAAGUAGAAUCGGGCUUUCUGUUACCCGGAACCAACAUCCUACCUGAUUCAGGGUUUUAUUCACUUAUUUGUUGAUUCAUUAGAUACUGAAUACUUACUCCAGGCCAAGCACUGUUUUAGGUGCUGGUGUUAUAAUAGUAAACAAGACCCUCAGAAGCCCUGUCCUAGUGGAACUUACAUUCUAGUGGCGAAGGUGGAUGAUAAAAAAAUAAAUAUUGGCGAUCAGAGCUAUGCAGGUUGAGGGUAGGAGGGAUGGCGAGAGACAGAGCUGCUGUUUUAGGUGGAGGGGUUUAAAUAGGAUAUCCUUGAGGAAAUGUUGAUGGAGAAGGACCUGACAAAAAGGGAGGAAGCCAGCUGUGUGUAUAUUUUGGGAAAAAGGACAUUCCGAGUAGGAAAAAACAGCAAGUUCAAAGGCCCUGAGGCAUGCUUGGUGUGUUGGAGGAGUGGAAAGGUGUGAACUGGAGCAGAGGGAACCAGUUGGGAGGGAAGGAGCCGAGGGCUAGGGCAGGCAGGGCUUGAUGGGCCGCGGUGAGGACUUGAAUUUGAUUCUCAGUCAUUUUGCAAGCAAUGGAAGUAUUUUGAACUCAAGAGCAGUGUGGUCUAACAUCUUAAUGGGAUUUCUCUGGCUGCCACGUGGGCACCAGGAUGGGAGCGGGACUCUAGUGAGGCCACUGCACUAGUCCAGCCGAGGGACGGUGGUGGCCUGGCCAGCGUGGUCGCAGUGGAGGUGGGGAGAUGUGCUUGGAUUCUGGAUAUAAUUUGAAGGAAGAGUGGACAGGAUUUGGGGUAAAGGCGUGGGGUGAGAAGGAGUCAGCAACUCUAAGGCUUCUCGCCUGAGCGGAGGCAGGAGGGAGGCCGGUAACCGUGGGAAGACAGAGAGAGGCCGUGGAUGUGUCAGGCGUCCCAGGGGACCCUCCGAGUGAGCAGCGAGGUGUAUGAGUCUAGCGUUCAGGGGCGCGAUCUGGGCUGGAGACGUAGAUUCGGGGGUCACUGGCAUCUUUGUGGUGUUAGGCCCAGGGUGAGAUUACCGAGGGAGGGAGUGUAGGUGGAAAUGAGGUCUGGGAGUGAGAGCAGUCCUGUGAGGCAUGGCUGCAGGAAUCUAGGUGAGCGAUGGCGGUGGCCUGGACCAGGGCAGGGGCAGGAGUGAGCAGUCACCCGGAUACCUUGUGAGGGCAGAGCCCACGGUGGAUUGAUUGUGGGUGAUGACGGACAGAAGUAGACGAGAGCCUCGUGAGAACAGGAGAGGGUCAGAACGUGGGGCGGAGACUCUGCGUUCCUCCUUCCCUGGGCCCUGUGCUCUCUAUCUCUCUGCAUCUACUGCUUCCUCUGUUUGCAGGCACUGGGCUGGCCCUGGGUGGAGUCUUGCCCCGACUCUGUGCAGCCUUCCAGUGCAGUGCCCCACAGCCCCUCUGUCCCCAUUCCAAAUUCCCCAGACAGGAAUCGGGUCGCUGGGGCCCAGCGUCCAACCCUGCUCAACCUGCCAUAGCUGGAGGAUUCCUACUGUGAGCUUUCAAAUAGUCACGGUUAUAAAGUAUUGCUGACAGUUGUACUGGGGGCAGGCGUGGGGGGUAGUGAUUUGACCCUAUUUUGGUAGGUGGGUGGGACAGACUGUGUGUGUAGCCUCAGAUGCGUCCUGCGUUGGGUGAAUGGGGCAGGGGAGACCAGGAAGGUGGGCUCUGGCAGGCUCUGGGCUCAGAGGGUUAGGGUCAGGUUGGGAGGAGUGACGGGGGCCCAGCACAGCUUCUGUCUGCUCUAGGUUCUCCCAGAGUGGUCAGGGAGACACUCAUCACUCCUCACUUGGAGAGACACAGUAGUGACCGAGACAGCCUCCACACUGCCCUCAGAACACACAUCCGGUGGGGAGAGCCUCACCAGAUGGGUCAGGGCGGGAAGGGGAAGGCAGGGAGCCGUGGGAGCCCGGAGGGAGCACCUGACAUAGUUUAAGGUAUCAGGAAGGACUUCCUGGAGUAGAGAACGCUUGAGGUGAGAUCUGAAGAGUCAGAUGCAGGGACUUAGGGGCUGCACACGUCCCUACUUGUAGCCGAGUCAGUAGAUACUUAAAAACAAUUUUUUUAUUUAAUAAUUUUAGAUUCACAGAAAAGUUGCAAAGAUAGUACAGAGACUUCCCGUAUACCCUACACCCGGCUUCCCCUAAUGUUUACAUCUUACAUAAUUAUAGUACGUUCGUCAAGACUAUUAACACUGAUUAGUAUUCUGUGAAUUAAAUUCCAAACUUCAUUUGUAUUCCACCCGUUUUUCCACUCAUGUUCUUUUUCUGUUCCAGGGUCCAGUCCAGGAUGCCAUGUUGCAUUUAUUCGCCAUGUCUCCUUGGUCUCCUCCAGCCUGUGACAGUUUCUCAGUCUUUCCUUGUUUUUCAUGACCUUGACAGUCUGGAGUACUAGUCAGGUAUUUUGUAGAACGUCCCUCAGUCUGGUUGGUCUAAGGUUUUUCUCCUGGGUAGACUGGGCUUAUAGGUGUGGGGAGGAAUACCACUCGGGUGACGGUGACCUGGCUCUUCAUUAAGGUGGUGUCUGCCAGGCUCCCCGACUGUAAUGUUGCUGUGUUUCCCUCUCCUUACUGUGUUGCGAAAUCCAGGCCACACUCGGAGGAGAAUUAAGCUCCAGUUCCUGGAGGGAAAAAUAUCAAAGAAUUUGUCUGCGUAUGUGAAAACCACCACAGUGAUUAAUAAACACGGGAAGAUACGUGGAGGCUG